ACUCAUCACACACCAAGAGUCAUCUAUACAUAAACAGAUUUUUCGAACCCACGCGCACACCCCCACCCCUGAUCCAUCAUCACAGUGCGGGAUAUAUUUGAAUGACAAUGCUUUAUGCUGUGCAAUCACACAGCUGCCCUUUCUGUCGUUUUUUUUAUAAAGCACAGUGGCCUGGCUCAGAGACAGCAUUGAGGGCUUAUACAGUCUGAUGCCAACAUAACCAUGGGAAAGAUCAUAUUUUACGAAGACAGAAACUUCCAGGGGCGCUCUCACGAGUGCAGCAGCGACUCUGCAGACCUUCACUCCUACUUCAACAGAUGCAACUCCAUCAGGGUGGAGAGCGGCUGCUUCAUGGUGUACGAGAGGCCCAACUACAUGGGCAACCAGUACUACCUGAAGAGGGGGGAGUACAGUGAUAACCAGCGCAUGCUUGGCAUGAGUGACUGUGUCCGAUCUUGCCGUAUGAUCCCCCAGCACCGAGGCUCCUUCAGGAUGAGACUUUACGAAAACUUCGACAUGUCUGGCCAGAUGCACGAGCUGAUGGAAGACUGCCCAGACGUCCAGGACCGCCUUAGCAUGUCUGAAUUUAACUCCUGUAACGUGAUGGACGGCCACUGGCUGCUGUACGACCAACCCAACUACAAGGGCAGAGCGUACUACCUGAGGCCGGGAGAGUACCGGAGAUACAGCGACUGGGGAGGAGUCAGCCCGAGAGUUGGCUCCAUCAGAAGAAUCACAGACUUCUGAAGUUCGCUUCAGUGCAUCUUUCCUUGAGUUUAAUUGUCUGUUUUACCAAUAAAUGUCAACUGCUUCAUGAAAAACAUUCACAUUUUAUUCUGUGUAUCUGACACCUCUCAGCCUCAUGACUGAACAAAGAUUUAUUGACAGUUUGUAAAACACCUCUUGAAUAUGAGAGUGCAGAGUUCUUCUUGCUGCUGUUUGUUACAGCUGUGACUUUAAUCUACUGUCUGGCUAAACAAUGUAUGUACCGCAGCUUCUGGUCAGCUCCUACAGUGUAGUUUAAUCUCCUCUAUGCUAGGCUUCCAUACCAAACAAUACAUGAGUUGCCCUCUCCCACUUUUCGCCCCUGAUGGGAUAAGCCGGUCUCUAUACGGGCAGGAUUUAUCCAUAUGAUCAGAGAGUAGCAACACAGACUGGAGAGUGUGGGACGGUAAACUGACGUCGGAGUGUGAACUGAAAGUUAAAAAUAAGU